AUGACUGCGGGCAUAGGGAGCGCUAGGAGAGUAAAAGGAGGAGAGGAGAAAGGACGGCCAGCAGCGUCCUCCGAUGAUCACCGGGCGGUGGCGGUCCUGGAGCACGGCUGCAGGCGAGAGGGUAGGAUCAGAUUGAGUGCACACGAGACAAAGGAUUUACCAAGCUUCGCGGGUACUCCGUUGCUAGUAAUUGGCUCACUUGUUGGUAUGGGCGACGAAGCAACCGAUGAAUCAUUUGAGUGGGCCAUCGGCUACCCUGAUGUUGUAAAGGCUUGUGGUGAGGUGACACGUUUCAUGGAUGAUUUGGCUGCAUUCAAGCAUUACAAGAACAAGCUGGACGUGUCGAGCUCCCUAGAGAGCUACGUGAACCAGCAUCGUGUUACAAGCGAGAUGGCCAUCGCCGUGCUGGAUAACCUGGUCGAAGAUGCAUGGAAAACCACAAACCAGGCACGAUUUGGCCGCCGUGCACUUCUUCCUUUUGUCAACCGGGUCACCAACCUCACCAAGAGCAUGACCUUGUUGUUCCGCGACAAGAAUGACCUCUACACGUUCAGCCGUGGAAACAAGGACAGGACCCGGCAGCAUUUCAUCGACCCUAUCCCCCACUAG